AUGUUGCGGUCGUUACUGUCCCUCGCUCGCGGCUCCGAGCCCGACUAUGUUUUCCCCAAAGUGAAUCAAGACGAGGACGGGCCAGACUGUCUGAAGGAUUGCGCGGAUUGCACGAUACAGUUCCCAGCGAAGGUGAAAGUGGAAAGUUCCAUGCCGCUAUAUGGUCACAUCAAGGAAUUUCACUCGCACGUCCUGGUCGCGACGGGUCGGUCUGACUGGAAGGAGAAGGUCGGACAAGAGAGGGGCAGUCUAAUGGAGGCCUUUGAGGAUUCUUCAGCCAAGUCAAAACGAGGUCGCUAUAUGGUGUCCGCAUCAAAUAUUCAACCACCAGACAACCACGGCAAGGAAAUUGACGCGAACCAACCAACGACCGUUCUCAUCUUGCCCUCAUUCAUGUUUGUGGACUCCGUCUCCCAGGCAGACGUCCCCAAUUUGGUUCAUCAAUUUAUCGAUAGCCCUGGCGAUGAAAAGAGCGGUCCUAGCCAACGUUGCAAAGAAACAGGCAUGGCUGCACGGCCAUGUGAGCUUGAUUACGUGAUUCUCCUCUGCUCGCAUAAGCGACGGGACGCGCGCUGCGGCAUCACAGCUCCUCUGAUCAAGCGCGAGCUCGAGCGACAUCUCCGUCCAUUAGGACUAGAUCGCGAUGCUGAUGACUCGCGCCCCGGUGGUACCGGUAUCUUCUUCGUCUCCCAUGUUGGCGGGCACAAGUUCUCUGCCAAUGUGCUCAUUUAUCGGAAGAAGGAUCAGCAGAUGAUAUGGUUGGCACGUGUGAGACCCGAGCAUUGCGAGGGUAUUAUAAAGUACACGAUACUACAAGGGAAGGUGGUGCAUCCCGAAACGCAACUGCGUGGUGGAUUUGACCUUGCACGGGGGUUGACGAGCUGGUGA